GAUAUUUAAUUGUUGCAAUACUAGUGAUCUUCCUUGAAGAUGCUUAGAAAGUAUCAGCUGCAUUUCCAGAGAACAUAGGAAGUUAGCAGUUAAAAAGGUUCCAUAGAGCAGAGGAGGGAUACCUUAACUGCAUUGUUCAGCUUUCUUAUUCAUUUCCAAUUUCUUGCACAAAAUCUAACCAACUGAAUUGGAAGAACAAUUACCAUUGCCAUAAGCAUUGACAACACAAUUUUCCAUCUGACUAUCUUGCUUUUUAUAGAGUGAGCCUUGAAGCUUAAGUAAAUGAACCAAGGCUUUUAGAGGCAAUUUGUAAGAAUGACAGGCAAGAUUUUAUGAGUUUAGUUAAUGAGAAUGAAGAAAUUCUCCAACAAAGAACAGCUAAUACCAUUCACACGCCAUUGCACCUGGCUUCAAUAUUUGGACAUAUUGAAUUGGUCACAGAAAUUAUCAAGUUGUGCCCUGACAUGGUUGCUGCUGAUAAUAGCAAGCUGGAGACUCCAUUGCAUGAAGCUUGUCAUCAAGGGAAUGUUGAAGUCUUAGAGCUGCUAUUGGAUAUCAAUUCCUGGGCAGCUUGUAAGCUUAACUCUGACAACCAGAGUGGCUUUUUUAUGGCUUGCAAUCAUGGUAAUCUUGAUGUGGUUAAGCUCCUUUUGAGUAAGCCUUGGUUACAGGGGUUGGAAGAAGAUGAUCUUAUUCAAAAUUGCCUUCAUGUUGCUGUGUCAAGAGGACACACAGGAAUUGUUAGGAAGAUUUUAGAUGUGUGCCCAAGCUUAACUCAGAAGUUUGACAGGAACGGUUCUUCACCAUUACACUGCUCUUGUCAUAGAGGACACGUGGAGAUAACAAGAAUGCUCCUACAGGUAGAUGCAGACCUUGCUCAGGAAUUUUUGGUUACACACCUUUGCACUUGGCAGCAAUGAAUGGCAACACUGCAAUUCUAGAAGAAUUCACUUCAAUGGCUCCAACAUCUUUUCAGUGUUACACGAAGAAUGGAGAGAAUUUUUUCAUCUAACUGUGAGAUACAACCACUACGAUGCUUUCUUAUACUUGGUACAUAUUUUCAAUGAUACCAAUAUCUUCCACUGUCCAGAUCAAUAUGGUAACACAAUCUUACAUAUUGCAGCCUCUGGAAGUCACCAUCAGAUUGUGGAUUACUUGAUCAACAAAACAGUGGUGGAUAUUAGUUUCCAGAACCAUAAAGGACUCGCAGCCCUUGACAUCCUCAACCAGACCAAUGGAAAUGUGCAUAUUAAAUGGAUCAAGCAUCAAGUGGAAAAAAGUUCUGAAAUUCAGGACAGUAACACAUCCGAACCAGAAUGCUUGUCAAAGCAGACUACUAGUACCCUGACCAGUUUUGGGCAACAGAAACGUCUCAGUGAAAAACGACAGGAAGAACAAGUAGAAUUUUAUAGAAUUCGCCAAAACAAGCAAGACGCGACAUACAGAGAGGCAGUUCAGAAUGCCAGGAACACGAUUACACUGGUGGCUAUUUUGAUUGCCACAGUUACAUUUACAGCUGUUAUAAGCCCCCCAGGUGGUGUCUAUGACUAUCAUGGUGGACCACUGGCAGGAAAGUCCAUGGUGUACAAAACAACAGCUUUCAAAGUAUUUGUAUUAAGCAAUAAUAUCGCAUUGUUCACUUCUCUAUGUAUUGUUGUUGUUCUUGUUGGCAUCAUUCCUUUCCAAAGAAAACCUCAGAUGAUGAUACUGAAGGUUGCUCACAAGGUAAUGUGGAUAGCAUUGUCGUUCAUGGCAACAGCUUACAUUGCAGCAACACGGAUCAUCAUUCCAUAUGGUAAGGGAACAGAAUGGACAUUUGUGGUGUUACUGUCGAUUAGUGGAGGCACAGCUUUUCUUGGGUUAACUGUGAUGAUGGUUAAGCAUUGGAAUCGAAAGCAGAAAUGGCGAAAAGAGAGAAAGAAAAACGGGGACAGACUUGCAAACAACAGAAUGCAAACCUUACAUUCUUUUAAUUCCGAUCUUGAGAGUUCCAACCUUCGAGGAUAUCACUCAUUCUAA